GAAGUUGGCGAAGAAGAGGAAGGAAACUCUUAGCUCCAGACAGGAAAUGACUCUGAUGGUCAACAACUCACAACACGCAACGAUGGUGGACACACACUCGCACACACUGAACGGACGCACGGUGUCGUCUCCCUCCUCCUUCACCCUGAAGACCAACACCAUCAGCACCACAGUCCCCAACUCCUACUACCCAGACGACAGCCACACCAUGACGAGCGAGACCAGCAGCCUGGUCCAGUCCCACUACAAGCAGCGGGAGUCGGAGCGCGAGGCGCCCCCCUACCAGACGGGACAGCUGCACCCGGCCAUCCGCGUGGCCGACCUGCUGCAGCACAUCACGCAGAUGAAAUGUGCCGAAGGCUACGGCUUCAAGGAAGAGUACGAG